AAAAGAAACAAGCAAUAACAAAAUUAAAAAAAUCUCUUCCUUUCCCUCUCUCUCGCGCGCUAACAUCACUGCACAGCCCUCCUCUUUCUUCGUCUUUUUAAACUCCGGCGACAGUGACGACUCCGGCAAGAGUUCGGUGACGACGCGAUCACUCUCUCGGACUCCAGAUACUCGAGAUUGGCAGAAGACCCGACGGUUGUGAUCCGAGCUCAUCACCCACGCCACGAUUUGCGGCAUCGAUUUGUGCGACUCUUUCAUCUCCCCUAUGUGAGGCGCCUCUCCGGCACUCUACUCACAACCGAAGACGACCCGAGUUCCCCUACGAGCAGUGCGAUUUCAGCUUUUCUACGACCAACAGAGAAUGCAGCGACACCCAGGUCUGUGAUGACGUGAUUCUAACGAAUAAAGCACGGCUUCCAGCAGUUCUGUGGAUAGCCGCGCGUUUGUUUCGACAACAAACUUCUCUCCAGCAAUUUUCUCGACAAAAUUACGAGUUUCGAUUGUGAACCACAACCGGAAUAACCUCAGGUCCAGAUAUCCAUAGCCUAAAGAGUGCGCGUUUGUACACAUUAAAAACCAGCCAAGACUCCAUCCUUUUUGACCCUUCCUUUUCCCCAUCACCUGCUGAGUCGAGGAAGAAGAUGCAAAGAUGAGCACCUUCCCCAUGUGAAAUUAAGGGCACCAAUUGACACAAAGAUGUCUCGAAGAUCGACUAGGUUAGCAGAAAAUGCAAAUGAAAAUUUGAAGAAAACAAUAAAUAGUGAAGCUGCAACAUCAUCUGGAACUAAGAGAUAUGGUGUAUCUGGGGGAAGCCAUAAAUCUUCUAGAGGGAGGCCGAAGUUGAAGCGGGAUAGUGAAAUCAAGCUAAAUGAAGUUACGUUUCCUCCUUUAUCUUUUGAGCAAUUAGAGGGAAAGAAGAGAAAGACUUGCAGAAAAAGCUCAGUGGUCACAAGAGCAACUGCUUCAAAGAACUUCAAGUCUGAACGGAUCAAAAAAGGGGACGGGAGAUCAAGGAAGAGGGUGUAUUAUCAGAAAGUGGUUUUUGAUGGUGGUGAAUUUGAGGUUGGGGAUGAUGUUUAUGUGAGAAGGAGAGAAGAUGCAAGCUCCGACAAUGAAGACCCCGAAGUUGAGGAGUGUAGAGUGUGCUUUAAGUCUGGAAAGGCUAUAAUGAUCGAAUGUGAUGAUUGUCUUGGUGGUUUUCAUUUGAAGUGUUUGGAGCCGCCCAUGAAGGAAAUCCCUGAUGGUGAUUGGAUUUGUGGGUUUUGUGAGGCUACUAAAAUGGGCAAAGAGGUUCAAUUACCAAAGCCUCCGGCAGGUAAAAAACGGGUUAGGACAAUGAGGGAGAAGCUUCUGGCAGGUGACUUGUGGGCUGCCCAAAUUGAAAGUUUAUGGAAAGAAGUAAAUGGCAGCCAUCACUGUAAGGUUAGAUGGUAUAUAAUCCCAGAAGAGACAGCAGCUGGAAGGCAAUCACAUAACUUGAAGAGAGAGCUUUAUUUAACUAAUGAUUACGCAGAUAUUGAGAUGGAAUCGCUUCUUAGACAGUGUCAAGUCAUGAAUCCUAAAGACUACUAUAAUGCCAAGGAAGGGGAUGAUAUAUUUUUAUGUGAGUAUGAAUAUGACGUUCGUUGGCAUAGUUUCAAGCGGUUAGCUGAAAUUAAUAAAGAAGAGGAUGGUGAAGCAGUUGAUAGUGACAAAGACUGGAAGUUGGAACAGAAUGUAGACUCUGAUUCAGAUGGUGAUGUGGAAUAUGAAGAAGAGAGAGCAAAAAUUUUACAAUCUCGAAACUACCCAAGCUCUACCCACGAAUUGGCUGCAAAUUCAAGGAAAGGACAAUUUUGUGGACUACAAAAGAUAGGAGCAAAGAAGAUCCCCGAGCAUAUAAGAUGCCACAAACAGACUGAAUUGGAAAGAGCAAAGGCAACCCUCAUGUUGGCGUCAUUACCCAAGUCUCUACCUUGUAGGAAUAAAGAAAUUGAGGAGAUAACUACAUUUAUAGAAAGUGCUAUAUGUGGUGAUCAAUGUUUGGGGCGAUGCUUGUACAUCCAUGGUGUUCCAGGAACAGGCAAGACAAUGAGUGUCCUGUCAGUAAUGAGAAACUUGCGGGCUAAAGUUGAUGCCGGAAAUAUAAGGCCUCAUUGCUUUGUAGAGGUCAAUGGUCUAAAGCUGGCAGCACCAGAAAAUAUAUACAGGGUUAUACAUGAAGCAUUAACUGGGCAUAGGGUUCAUUGGAAAAAAGCGCUUCAGUUGUUGACCAAACGGUUUUCAGAUGUAAAUAAUUGCAAAGGGGAUGAACGAACUUGCAUUCUUCUCAUUGAUGAACUUGAUCUUCUUGUAACAAGAAAUCAGUCUGUUUUAUACAACAUUCUUGACUGGCCGACAAAGCCACAAGGAAAGUUAAUUGUGAUAGGUAUUGCAAAUACCAUGGACCUUCCUGAGAAGUUGCUUCCUCGAAUUUCUAGCCGAAUGGGUAUUGAAAGGCUUUGUUUUGGCCCUUAUAAUUAUCAGCAACUUCAAGAAAUAAUUUUGAGCCGCCUCGAAGGAAUCGAUGCAUUUGAGAAACAAGCUAUUGAAUUUGCAUCAAGAAAGGUAGCUGCCAUUUCAGGAGAUGCACGUCGAGCUCUGGAGAUAUGUAGGCGUGCAGCUGAAAUUACAGAUUAUCGUAUAAAGAAGAGUUUGACUUCCAACACUAGUAUGAAUGCGAAAACACAUGUAGGAAUAGCUGAGGUGGAAGCAGCGAUUCAUGAAAUGUUUCAAGCACCUCAUAUUCAAGUGAUGAAGAGUUGUUCUAAGCAGAGCAAGAUCUUUUUGACAGCUAUGGUGCACGAACUUUAUAAAACUGGAAUGGGUGAAGCAACCUUUGAAAAGCUUGCCAUGACUGUCUCAUAUCUCUGUACAAGCAAUGGAGAGGAAUUUCCUGGAUAUGAUGCUCUCUUGAAAGUUGGCUGCAGGCUUGGUGAAUGCAGAAUUAUUUUAUGUGAAUCAGGAUCAAAACACCGAUUGCAAAAGUUACAGCUUAAUUUUCCAAAUGAUGACGUCUCCUUUGCAUUGAAAGACAGUAAGGAUCUACCUUGGUUGGCUAAGUAUCUAUGAGUUAGUUGCUAAUGUCUGUAAGAAACAAUUUUGAUGUUAUAGUAUAUCAGUUUCAAUUUCUCCCAUAAGAAACAUUUGAACCUUCCUUUGGAAAUGUGGGAAACAUGUCAGGUUUAAGCUACUUUUUUUCAUCUCUUAAUUUGUUCUCAUGGGAGGCUUGUUUUUAGAUAAGUAAAGUUGUCUACUGAGAAUUAUGUUGUUACGAACAAUGGUUUCCAUUGUAUACUAUGAGUAGUGUCUGACAUGACCCUUUCGGAAGCUCUUAGUCG